GAAUGCCACGGCAGGAAAGGAGUUUCAAUUCAUUAACUCCGGGGAAAGGCAUCUUUGUCUUAGUGACUAGGUUCUUUGUUUUUGAUUUGAAGUCACAACUGCAGCUAAUGCUGCAUAACCUGACGUUACAAUGCCAGCGGGGCUGAAUGCGCAAGGCAGCGGUAUACCAGUCUCAGAUGCGAUGGGAUCAUUUAAGAGGAGGAAAAGGAAGUCCAUCAUAGUAACAGUGAUGCUCCUUAUCGUCUCCAUACUCAUCCUGGUCUUUGGUCUGGCCGCUACUACCAGGACGCAGAACAUCACUGUCGGUGGCUACUAUCCAGGAGUCAUUCUCGGCUUCGGGUCCUUUCUGGGAAUCAUUGGCGCCCAUUUGAUAGAGAAUAAGAGGCAGAUGCUGGUGGCCUCCAUUGUCUUCAUCAGCUUCGGUGUGGUGGCAGCCUUCUGUUGUGCUAUAGUGGAUGGUAUUUUUGCUGCAAGACAUAUAGACCUCAGACCACUAUAUGCUGGCCGAUGUGUAUAUUACUCCAGCAGGACCGCGUUUGAUUCAGAUGUCCACUGUCAAACUGCAUCUCGGGUCUCCUGUAACCUGCGCGUGAAGAGCAACACCUGCUACUGCUGUGACCUUUACAACUGUGGCAAGUAUGUGUGUGAGCGAGUCCCAUUUGGAUACAUCCGUCCUAGGAUACCCUCUGCAAACAGGCAAUCUGAGAGAGAAAAAAACAACAACUAUGCUAUCUUUGUUUUACCCUGGUUAAGUUCUGGUUUAUAUUUGCCUGUAUGCUGUGUGCUUCUAUCCCUGAAAUUCAGCUCUGUUCGAAAGAACGUUUGUGUUUAUUUAUGUUUCAGAGAGCAUCCUCUUAUGGGACUACAGAAUAAAGAUGUUUUGAAAAAAUUUAGGAAAUCCUCCAUGAUUUGGAAUCGAGUGGAACUGCGAGGAGGUUACCAUGAGUACACAGAGGUGCGGAGCUGCCAGGACGUUGUGCAUCUUUACCACCUGCUGUGGUCUGCUACUGUCCUCAACAUCGUUGCUCUGUUUCUGGGCAUCAUCACCGCCGCGGUGCUGGGGGGCUUCAAGGACAUGAUGCCUUCAGCAGCACCAGAUUCCUGCGAGCCAGAACCGCUCCCUAUUCCUCCGCCUCAAGAGACUCCUCGACCCACAACAUCUAACAACGCUUUUUACAACACUGCCCCCUGCUUACCUCCAUACACUGCCUAUGACCUCCAGGGUGCCAGCAUGUUUCCUGACUCUUCAGGCCUGUCUGAUGACUCCCAGUCUGGAGCCAGUCUCAUGUGGCCAAACAUGGUCCCACCACGUUAUUCUCCUCCUUAUUACCCACCUGAUGAGAAGCCCCCGCCAUACAGCCCCUAAGGAACCAGUCUGAGGAAGACAUUUUCCUGUCAAGAGAGAAUUGGCUUUUGGCAUUUUUGUAUAUUAGUGUACCACAUCAGUGAACAAUUGUCGUUCUGAAUGAACAACCUUUGCAGAGAAGAGACUACAGCAUUACCCACAGUCAUUGAUCACCAUUCAGCAGAUGUAAUAUGCAAAAUCAAACCUCGACAGGAUUCUCUCAAGUCAAACCCGAUGUGUAAAAUAUUCACAUUAUGUCAGCUCAAUCCAAGAGGACUAUCCCUAAUAACAACUAACCUGACUGUGAGAUCAAGACUGGUCACAGAAAAGCCUUAAAAUGUGUGUCCGCUUCCAGUUCAGCUCCACCUGGCUCGCAUCCUCUUCCUGUUACAGGUCUCCCACUUGAGAUUCCUCUGCAUAAAUCCUCUGUAUAAUGUGAACUUCUUCCUUCCAAAGUCGCCUCUGCUCUCUCUGCAUGAGGAUGAGUCUCUUAUCUACCAAUUGAUUUGCACUU